CUGCGGGGCCUGCUCUCGGCCCUUUUCCUCCUCCUCUACCUGACAGCCCUUACAGGCAACAGCCUCAUCAUUGCAGCUGUUGCACUAAGCCCAGGUCUGCACACCCCCAUGUACUUCUUCCUUGUCAACCUGGCCAUUUUGGACAUCGUCUGCACAUCCACCGUUCUCCCCAAGCUUCUGGAGAGCCUGGUGGUCCACGUGGCCACCAUCUCCUACCAUGGCUGCCUGACGCAGCUCUUCUUCCUGACCUGGUUCCUGGGUGCGGAGCUGUUGCUGCUCACAGCCAUGGCAUUUGACCGCUAUGUGGCCAUCUGCCAGCCACUACGGUAUGGCACCAUCAUGAGUUGGCCAGUGUGUGCACUGCUGGCUGCUGCUGUGUGGACAAUCAGUGUGGUCAACACAACUGUGCACACAGGCCUUAUGACACAGCUGACUUUCUGUGACCCCACACACAUCCAUCACUUCUUGUGUGAAGUACCCACACUGCUGCUGGUGUCCUGUAGCCCCAGAGCCCUCAACAGUGUCAUGAUUGUCAUUGCUGAUGUCUACUUUGGCGUGAUUAACUUCCUGCUUACCUUGUCCUCCUAUGGCUUCAUUGUGGCCAACAUCCUCCGCAUCCGCUCAGCCUCAGGUAAGCGCCGAGCCUUCAAUACCUGCUCCUCUCACCUCCUGGUGGUCACCUUGUACUACUCCACUGUCAUCUACACCUACUUCCUCCCGGGCUCUGGUGCCUCCAAGGAGAAUGGCAAGGUGGUGGCCGUGUUGUACACAGCAGUCAGCCCUGCUAUAAACCCGCUCAUCUACACACUGAGGAACAAGGAUGUGAAAGCUGCCCUCCAGAAGGUGGCCCCUGCCUCCCAGUUAAGAAGAAGAGUGGCCACAUGA